GGAGGCAUGGCUCCCUCCUGAGGGAGCCGGGACUUGCAAGGCGCUGGGUUUUCCCGACCACCCUUUCCCCUCCGCACCCGCCCAUCUCCCUGCCUCCCUCCCCCCGCUCCUUCCCUCCCUCCUUCCCUCCCUCCUCUCCAGAAUUAAAGUUGGGACAGUCGUGCUCCGGUGAUGGGUGCGAGCCAACGCCUCUGCUGCCGGCUCGCUCUGCUCCGUCCCCAGGUCGCCCGGAGCCUGCGUCCCCGCCCGCGCGCCCAGGAGGGAUGCUGCUUCGGGAGCUGCUGGGGCUGCUCCGAUGCUGCUGGCCCUCGCUGCUGCUGCACUGUGCCCUCCACCCGCUCUGGGGCUCCGUCCAGAUCACUCGAGGUGAGCCCCAGAAGUCAUGUUCCAAGCCUGUAGCAGAGAAAGUCACAGAGAGCUGCCAGCAAAUUUGCCAGUGCAGGCCGCCUCCACCACUACCACCUCCUCCUCCACCACCACCGCCACCAAGGUUGCUAACCGUGCCAACUCCCAAGUCUACCUUUUGUCCCACUGAAGAGACCUGGUGGCCAGGCCUGAUUAUUAUCAUUGCAGUAUGCUGUGCCACACUAGUGUUCCUCCUCGUAGUUGUCAUCAUUUGCUACAAAGCCAUAAAAAGGAAACCAAUGAGAAAAGAAGAGAAUGGAACCAGUCGGGCUGAAUAUGCAAUGACCUCCUCCCAAAGCAACAAAACAGUUGAUAACAAUGCGGUCGUAUAAUCCCUGAAACCCCGCCGAGGCGCAGGAGGUGGUAAACUUUCAAAGCACACAUGCGGAGCGUGCAAGGUGGGUCAAAUAAGGCAACGAAAGGAGCUCUGUGGCCAAGGACUUCAUUUCAGAAAUAGCGUACGCAUCAGCGAUUCAGAAGAGAAAAGCAGGCUGCUCUCCAGGCUUGCUGCUUCUCCAAGGGAGGAUAAACUCGCCCACUUGGGCUGCCCAGAGAAAAGGCCUCACAAAGGCAUAAGCACUGCAUGCUGCAUCUCGUGAAAGCGAUGUCACGAUGCCUCCCACUUCUUCCUCUCUUCCGCCCCACUUUUCAGUUUGCAUUGAGUGUCCACAAAAAGCUGCUGAAAUAGAAUCUUUUGAGGAGAUGAUCUGCGGCUUAUUUAAUGGUUCUGAGGGUCAAGGGUGGGAGGUGUCACCUACGUGCUUCGCCAGCCUGUGCAGUUUUGUACGCCUAUGCUUCAUUCUUAUCAUUCAUAUUAUUUCAUUAUUUAAAAGGGAACAAAGGUUUCUGUUAAGCCAUCAAGCAACCAAAAAUUGCAUGAACUUGUGACUUAUCCCAGGAAAUUAAUCUAUGGUCUGAUGACUAUGCAAUUUCCAUGGCAGAAGACUUUUCAGGCAAAAGAAAUGAAAAUGUAAGUUUUUGGCAAUUAGCGUUGCUGUUGAAAGGGAGAAGUUCAGAGGUGCUUUGGACGUUAUUACUUCAUAUUUUUUUC